GGAAGCUCUCGAGCGUGCAUUAGAGUAUUCCCACUACAGUACACUCGGCGGCCCUCCGAUGUGCAAUGGUCUUGACUCUCUACAACUUAUCGAGGCUUUGCAACAGAACUACGGCUUUUCCGUGUUUGCGCUGGAAAACAAAGAGGAAGCCUCUGCCCGGG